UCAAACCCCUACUCAAAAAACCCACCCUAGACCCAGAGGUUUUAGCCAAUUACAGACCAAUAUCUAACCUCUCCUUCAUUUCUAAAAUCUUAGAAAAAGUGGUAGCCAAUCAGCUGUGUGAGUUUCUCCAGGAAAAUAAUAUAUAUGAAGACUUUCAAUCGGGGUUUAGAGCCAAUCACAGUACAGAGACAGCCUUGGCAAAAGUCACUAAUGACCUUUUAAUAGCCUCAGAUCAGGGACUUGUGUCUGUCCUCGUUCUGUUAGAUCUCAGUGCAGCAUUCGACACAAUUGACCAUCAAAUUUUAUUACAAAGACUAAAACAGUUAAUUAACAUUAAUGGAACCGCCCUUAACUGGUUUAAAUCGUAUUUUUCUGAUCGCUCCCAAUUUGUGCAAAUUAAUGAUGAGUCAUCUGUGCGCACCAAAGUUAAUCAUGGUGUUCCACAGGGCUCUGUGCUCGGCCCAAUUUUAUUCUCAUUAUAUAUGCUUCCACUAGGAAACAUUAUCAGGACACACUCGGUAAAUUUCCACUGCUAUGCGGAUGACACCCAGUUAUAUUUGUCAAUAAAACCUGAACAAAGUAAUCAAUUAACUAAACUUCGAACAUGUCUCAAGGACAUAAAAACCUGGAUGACCCGCAAUUUUCUCUUAUUAAACUCAGACAAAACAGAGGUUAUAAUACUUGGCCCCAAACACCUUAGAGAUGCAUUAUCUAAUGAUAUAGCUGCGCUAGACGACAUUGCCCUUGCUUCCAAUGAAACAGUCAGGAACUUGGGAGUGAUCUUCGAUCCUGAUUUAUCCUUUAAUAGUCACUUAAAACAAAUUUCUAGGACCGCUUUUUUCCACUUGCGUAAUAUUUCAAAAAUUAGACAUGUCCUUUCACAAAAAGAUGCAGAAAAACUAGUCCACGCCUUUGUUACAUCGAGACUGGACUAUUGUAAUUCAUUAUUAUCAGGCUCCAGCAGGAAGUCGUUAAAGACUCUACAUCUUGUCCAAAAUGCUGCAGCACGUGUCCUGACGAGAACAAAGAGAAGAGAGCACAUUUCUCCAAUAUUAGCAUCGCUACACUGGCUUCCAGUUAAAUCUAGAAUAGAAUUUAAAAUUCUCCUCCUCACCUUCAAGGCCCUUAAUAAUAUAGCGCCUUUAUACCUUAAAGAGCUGUUAAUACCUUAUAAACCCACUAGAGCACUCCGCUCCCAGAAUUCAAGCCUACUUGUCGUCCCUAAAUUCUCUAAAAGUAGAGUAGGAGCCAGAGCUUUUAGCCAUCAAGCCCCUCGGCUGUGGAAUAAUCUACCACUUUCAGUUCGGGAGGCAGUCACCAUCUGUUCGUUUAAAACUUCUCCUUCCUCUUCUCCAUCCCUAUCCCCCUUCCCCGGAAUCCCUUUGCUUUAUCACCCGCAGAUCCAGGGCCUCUGUGGCCGCACCAUGGAUUACGGUUUGUGGAUCGCGCACCGGGGGUCGCGGUGUUGGAUCCAGUGUGGCGGAUUCUGAGUCAUGUGGGCUGAUCGUGGUGCUGGUGGCGGACCCUGUGUCGCGUUGGCAUUGGGCACGGGCGGUGGACCAGGACCGCAGUGGUGGCUUGUGAUGGGUCCUCCUGGUGGGCGGCGGUGGACGGUGACUGAGGACUGAAGUGGCGUCUGGUCUGGAUGGUGGAUCGUGGUCUAGAUGGUUGCUGAGCAUGGACUGUGCUUCAUCAAUGCUGCUAGAGACUUUGAUUAUUGAUGAUGUUCUCCUGCACGUGGCAUCUAUUGCACUUCUGUCCGUCCUGGGAGAGGGAUCCCCCACAUGUGGCUCUCUCUGAGGUUUCUACAUAUUUUUACCCUGUUAAAAGGGUUUUUUGUAGUUUUUCCUUACUCUUGCUGAGGGUUAAGGACAGAGGAUGUCACACCCUGUUAAAGCCCUAUGAGAUGAAUUGUAAUUUGUGAA